ACUUGAUCCUUUGGGUAAAGAGGAGCAGUCAUCAGAUCACAGCAGCUCUUUUACAAUGAAAGCCAGACAGCAUGCUACCGUCAGCUGAGACGCAUUGACAAGAACACUGAAUAGGAUCAGUCAACCAAUCGUUGCCGCCAUCACCGCUGCAGCCAUGCCCAUUGCAGAGCUUUUGGGAGUCCAGUUCGACAUGCAGCUGCUGUUGAAACUGAGCAUCUCUGUGGCUGCAGUGUUGCUGGUGUCUUGGGCCUACAGGUUCUACAGCUCCAGGGACGCAAAGAAAACUCAGCUCUGUGUCAAAGACACCAAAGAGCAGCAAAAUGCAACCUGUCAAAGCAGCAAGACAACGCUACCAUGUCAAAGCUCACCACAACAUGACACCGAUGAUGGGGGCAAGCAACCCAGACCCUCGGACGCAGACUCAGCCAUUGGUGACCUGACAUCUGACAGCAUCAAGGAAACACCAGCAGAAAUCCGUUCAUGCCAAGCUGAAAAGAGUGAGGAUGCAUUUAACAUGUCACACAGUGACCAAGAUAUCAGCAUGAAAGAAGAGAUACUCACUCAUCAGAAGCAGGCAGUGGUUGCCACCAGUAAUAUUUUAUUUGGAUCUGCUUUGAACCUUCCUGAUCCAACAGAGAGUGGGAUGGCCAGUGCAACAGGGCGCCGCUCCCCUUGCUUUUUGCAGAAGCUUGAGGGCAGUGUGGGUGUGGGCAGGGAGUUAAGGCAAGACCUGGAGCACCAGGGAGCCUACUCGAGCUUCCUCUCCAAAGCAGAGAUCAAAGUGGAGGAUGCUAACGUGGUGCUGGAAGGAACAGGAGACCAGAUUGUGCGCGGCAAGAUAUAUGAUUACUAUGUUGAGUCUUCCUCUCACUCUAUCACAGACUCAAACACUGUGCUGGGUCAGUAUGAGAGAAACUCUGAGUUGCAGCCAGUGGAUUUUGGAAGCUGUGGCAGCAGCCUAACAGAAUCUCCUUCCUGUCUGAGCCCCAUCAUUAUGCGUGAUCUGGUUUUGCAACAAAGCACUGUUGAGGAUCCCUCCUCACAAGGAGGCCUCAAGCUGAGGCACCCCGCAAGGCCUGUACUCCUACGCAAGGAGAGCUAUCUCUCUGCAGCAGAGCAGAGCAGUUCCAUCCCCUUUUUAACUUCAACAGCCUCAACUCCAAUGAUUCACUCUCUGGCCUCAACCAGCAAUGAUCACCCUAUGAUCAGUCCCUCUACAGACAGCUCAGGCUUUAAUGUGAGGGAGGAUGCUGAUCUAGAGACUGUAGCAGGGGCUCCAUUUUUACACUUUCCAGCAAAGACUCUUGAUGGUGCCGAUUUGGAAAGCUUGAAGAGUAAGCUUGAUCUGGGUAACUGUUUGGAGACGCUGUACCUGGCCAAAAAACAUGGCCAGACAUCUGUGCAGCAAGCAGCCCUGAGGGUCAUGUCAGACAACUACCUCCAGGCGCUCAGGGACCCUAACCUUUAUGGGCGGCUAAUGGCUGGUGAGCGGGAACAAAUCCAGAGGCAGAGAACAGCCGGGAGAAAGUUCAUGAUGGUGGCAGAUAUGGACCCUCAAGACUGGGUGAGGAAUGCAGGAGGGCAGACAGCAGAGACAGAGCAGAGGAGGACGUCCAGUGCAAUGUACUAUUAUGAUGACUACAAAGACUCCUGGCAUACACUGUGCCUGAUCCCACAGGAGGUCAUCUCUAAAGCCUGUGCCAUGUGCACAAUGGAUAACUACUUAUUUGUGGCAGUGGGCUGCCAAGGCACAGACGGAGAAAUGACACCCUCAAAGCGAGUGUUUUGCUACAAUCCUUUGACAUCCAUUUGGAAGGAGAUCAGUCCUAUGAAUGAGGCCAGACCCCGCUGCAAACUGGCAGCACUGGAGGGCUACAUCUACGCCAUAGGAGGGGAGUGCCUCUCCUCAGUAGAGCGCUAUGACCCACGAUUGGACAGAUGGACAUUUGUGGCUCCACUGCCUAACGAUACUUUUGCUGUGGCACAUCACGUCACAGUGUGCAACGGUGAGCUCUAUGUUUCUGGGGGAACUCUUAAAUAUAUGCUACUGCGCUACAGCCCCAAAAUCAACACCUGGAGGCCAAGUGUGCUGGUAGGCAGCAAAGACAGAACUGCAGAUAUGGUGGCUGUGGGGAGAUUUCUGUAUCGUUUUGAUGUUAACCCACUGCUGGGUCUCAGCGUGUACCGCUACCACACAGUGGCUCGACUGUGGUACGAGUGCAGCUCAAAGCGCCUUCUGCGCUGCCCUGCCUUUCAGUGUGUCACAAUGAAUGACACAAUUUAUUGUGUCAGUCGCCAGUUCACCAUGAGGUUCAAGGCUGAUGAGAUCUCUCCUGCUUUCACAGAUGAGGAUUUGAGUGUCCUCUCUGCCGCGAAGGGCAUACUUUUCCCCUUUGUCCUUUCACUCCCUGAUAAGAAGCCUCGGCAGACCAGUGUGUAACAAGGAUUCAGUUUUCCAUUGAUGAUGAGAUUAGGUGGUGAUGGAGUACCCCUACAGAAGCAUGCUUUACGUCAACUGUAUUGUUGACUGAGAGAGUUUUGCCCCAAAUGUUAUUGUAAAAUUGUAACCACUGUUUUGUCAUUUCUAUGAGGUGUUAUUCACCUUUUCACAAAGUUUCUCCUUCUCAUAUAAAUGUAUUUUCUUGGUUUGGGUAUUAUACAAAGAAAUGUGUGUUUAUGUUGUCUCGGCCCUUGGCAGCACAUGUAAAGUAUUGGACUCUUAAUGGUAGUCAAACUGCUGUUUGCUUAGAUUUACGCAGGAUGUGCUGCCAUGUAAAUUGUUUGCUUCUUUGAUUUGCCACUCUUUCCUGCCAUUAAGUUAGUUUUAUAUCAUUCCAGAUGCUUAACCUCUUUAGCUGUAGAGAUAAUUCAUAAAUGUGUCUCGGAGUAAAUGAGUUCAUUCAACUCUAACACCUUACAGAGAUUGGGCAAUAUAGUGAUAAUCUAUCACUGUGCUCCACUGUGUAGGGCACAUAUAUAACUUACACAGUGGCCUGAAUACAACACAAUUAUGUACAGUUGCUCUUUAAAUGUGACAAGAUGUAAAUGGGUAUGUCAUAGAAUAUAAAUAGGUGAGCUUCUACAAGCAUUUGUCACAACUUUUGAAACACUCUGAACACUUUAUAGUCUCUCUCUUUUGGUGGCCAGGAAGAGGUGUAUUUGCAGAUUCUUUGUUCAUUGUACCAACUAAAUCUCUUUGUUUUGUUAUCUCUUGUUUUUUAAACAUCAAAGAAAUUGUCA